CAAUGAGUAGAGCCGGCAUAGCAUCCUCCAGUUCGCGGGAAACCGGCUGUCCAGAUACAAAAAGGACCCCGAAUUAAACGACCGUAAUUGUUAUCAAAUCAGUGUUUCAUUAAUCGAUUAAUUUCAAACUGUUACAGUAAACAACGGAGCAGUGACACAGUUUAAAUCCACCGUAUUUCCAGGACUGCUGCCCUUGCCGCUAUGCUAACAUCCGACGCUUGUUAGCUAGGUUGUCUUAUUGGCUAACAGGAACAUUGUGCUUCAUGCGACAGGACAGAAAAUACAACUGACUUGAAAGAGACAAAGGGUUGCCUCUGUCAGACACGAAGCAGAACUGUUAACAUGUUCAAUUUAGACCGUUUUCGUUAUGACAAGAAUGCAGCGACGACAACAAACAAAGAAGAGGAUAGCGGGUCCAAAAGUCCAGAGUCUGAGAAGGAGAACAAGCCAGCUAAGAUGAAACCUGUCAAAGCCCAAACUAAGUCCAAUGCCCGAGGAGUGGUUUUUGAGGAAGUCCUUACAAUUGACUUGGAGGAGGAUGAGCUCCUCUCUGAAACCAAAAACAAACAAAACCUAACCAGGAAGUCCAAGAAUCCCAAGGGGAAAUCAUCCAAAAAUUUGGCAUCGGAUCACACAGAGGACGAGGACGACGAAAUGCAGGAGAACAGUAACAGAUUAAUGGAGAUGUUUCCUCAGUUGACAAGGACGGAGGUAAUGGAGGUCAUUGGGAACACAAGCUCAUUGGAUGAUGCUGUAUCUGAAUGCCUUUCAAAGUUGGGUGAUAAAGCCCCAGACCAAGGCAGGAAAAGAAAGCCAGAUGGAUCCAGCAGUUCUCAGGAAAGCGUUGAGAUUCAACCUAAUAAGAAGAAUAGGCCAUCGCAGUGUUCUGAUGAAGAAGAAGAAGAAGAAAAAGAAGAAGAUGAUGAAGAUAAUGAUCAAGAGCCCAGCUUGGAGAAGCAGGAAGCCAUGGUGAGAAGACUGCAGAAAAGGUUUCCUGACCAGGACAAGGAGGAGCUGCGGAUGGUGCUGCAGGAACAUGACUGGAAUGUUGAGGAUGCUCUGCAGGUUCUAAAAAUGUUCUCAGACCAAGAUGAUACCAGUUUCAGCUGUCCUGACUCAGAAGAAAAGAAAUCCAGGAAAUUGAAGAGCAAAGACAAGUCAAGCAAGGACCACAAGAGGAGCCCCAAAGAUCAAGGAGACAGUAAAAGUAGAAGAGAUCGAAAAGACUCAGAAGACCACAUGACUAUUAGUGAAACGGAUGAGGACAAUAAAGAUGAUACAGAUGCUACAAAUGACAGUGACGAUUCAGAAUCAGAAAACAGUGUAGUUUACAAAAAAGAACAACCCACUUCCACUCUGUCUACAUGGCUUAAUAGAAGUUCCUUUGUCAUGAAAAUACCUACCUCUUCCUCCCAGAAGCCAUCUUCCUCUACCUCUCAGAUGCUGUCAGUAUUUGCCAGUGGGACCAGUAUAGCUAAGAAGCAGGCAGCAGAGAGAAAGAGGAAGGCACUUGCCUCAGACGAACGUGUCAGUUCUGAGGAGGAAAAUGAUGAUGAAGAGAACGCCGUUAGCAGUGAGUUUGAAGACUCUGAUGAGGAACUGGAUUCUACAGGUGGCAUGUCGGAUAUGAAGAAAGCGAUGUUCAAGUUCUUCAUGGAUUCUUCAAUCGAUGAGCUGUCCCUGAUUUCUGGAUGCUCUAUUAAAAAGGCCCAGAAGAUAUUGGACCUGAGGCCCUUUGAUGGCUGGCAAAGCCUUGUUGAUUCCUUCAUUAAGAAAAAUGGACUGUCGGAAAAAAUACUGCAGGGCUGCAGAGUUGUCCUAAAAGAGCGGAAGGUUGUCCUGGGGCUGAUGUCCAAAUGUGAGACCAUUUCUUCAAAAAUGGUCAAAGAGGUCACUGAGGUGAUGGAGACGGGCAGAAGGGCCAUGAAACAGCCCAAGCUACUCAACAGCAAGCUCAAACUGAAACCCUAUCAGCUGAUUGGUCUGAAGUGGUUGUUGCUUCUGCAUGAGCAUAAACUGAGUGGUAUCCUCGCUGAUGAAAUGGGUUUGGGGAAAACUAUCCAGGCUAUAGCGUUUAUGGCCCAUCUAUACCAGAAUGGAAUAGACGGUCCUCACCUCAUCAUUGUGCCGGCCUCUACAUUGGAUAACUGGGUCAGAGAGCUGAAGCUGUGGUGUCCAAAGCUCAAAGUUCUAGUCUAUUGUGGAUCUUUGGAGGACCGCCGCUACCUCAGACACGACAUCCUCAAUGAAACUGUUGUGUGCAACGUCAUUGUGACCACGUAUAACAUGGCCAUAGGAAACGAUAGCGACCGCAGCCUUUUCCGCAAGCUGCGUCUGACGUAUGCUGUGUUUGAUGAAGGUCACAUGCUGAAGAACAUGAACUCUCUUCGCUACCGCUACCUUAUGUCGAUUAACGCAGAGCAUCGCUUGCUGCUGACAGGAACUCCUUUGCAGAACAACCUCUUAGAGCUGAUGUCUCUUCUGAACUUCAUCAUGCCUUCUUUGUUCUCCAGCUCCACUAACCAGCUCUCCAAAAUGUUUUCUAUGAAAUCCUAUGAGGAGCAGAGCCGCUUUGAAAGAAAUCGUAUUUCACAGGCCAAACUCAUCAUGAAACCUUUUAUCCUCCGAAGAGUCAAAAGCGAGGUCCUCAAGCAGCUGCCAGCCAAGGAAGUGAAGAUAGCGCCCUGCCCAAUGAGUGAGAAACAGCAGGUUCUCUACCAGACCCUUUUAAAAAAACUCAAAGCUUCCACCUACGGCGAGAAGCGUGAGUUGUGUAAUGUGAUGAUGCAGUUGAGGAAGAUGGCCAACCACCCCCUGCUUCAUAGACAGUACUACACCACAGAAAAGCUCAUAGCCAUGAGCAAACUCAUGAUCACGGAAACAACUCACCUCGAUGCAGACCCUGCGCUGAUCCAGGAGGACAUGGAGGUGAUGUCAGACUUUGAGCUGCAUCGUCUGUGCCAGCAGUACUCCUCCAUCGGCUCCUACCAGCUUGAAAGCGAUCUUCUACUUGACUCAGGGAAAUUUCACCACCUCAAACAGCUGCUGGCCACGCAUAGAAACAAGGGAGACAGAGUGGUAUUGUUCAGUCAGUUCACUAUGAUGCUGGACAUUGUGGAGGUGCUGAUGAAACAUCUCAAGCAUCGUUACGUCAGACUGGAUGGAUCCACACCCAUAGCAGACAGGAUUGUGUUGAUCGAUGAGUACAACAUGGAUCCUGACAUAUUUGUGUUCCUGUUGUCAACACGUGCUGGUGGCCUGGGCAUCAACCUCACAUCAGCUAACGUUGUCAUCUUACAUGACAUCGACUGCAAUCCAUACAAUGACAAACAAGCAGAGGACAGAUGUCACCGUGUAGGCCAGACCAAGACUGUACAGGUGACCAAGCUGAUCUGUAAGGACAGCAUAGAGGACUGCAUGCUGCACCUCAGCCAGAAGAAACUAAAGCUGGAGCAGGACAUGACUGCUGCGGACAGUGAGGAAGGGGCCAUACCGGAAGAUAUGGCAUCUUUGCUCAAAGCAUCACUGGGAAUGUGAUACGCAAACUCAUGAAACUUGAGCCUGGACAAAUGCAUUUAUUAUGGCAUUCCUGUGUUUCUGCGCAGACUUGAGUGUUUUCACUGAAAACAGACACUUUGUUGUCUCUGCUGGAAAACUACUGAGAACCAUAAGCUGCCAUGAAAAAAGGUUCUGAUAUUGAGAUCUGAUUUAUUGGGUAGCAUGGUAGCUGUGCCUAAAACAAUAUUGUUUACAUGCACACAGUUUCUGCGCCUACUUUGACUACGAGAACAGCGUAUAAAGGCAAAACAAAAAUGUUGCCUUUUUUAAAUGUUUCACAUGUUACGCAAGGAAUUUCUGUAAAAACUUGAAAGAAAGGGUUCAGACCAAACAGUCAGUGACGCAGCAUGUCACUGAAUUAAAGUAUUAUUUAAGUUCACAGAACCCUUCUAUUAAUCAUAUUCAGAUAAAGGUGCUGGUAAGGAAAAUGAUGCAUGCUGGCUGUCAAUGAUGGGUGAAAUGUUAAAGUUGUAGUACAGAAACUGCAAAGAGAUGGAGGAUGAUGGAUUUGUAUACCAUCGUUCCUACCUGGCAGUGUUGCAUCUUGCCUGAUGGACGUUACUCUUAGUUGCCAGCUCUUAAAAGAAGAAAUUGUUGAUAUCAAAACGUUUUUGUGAUCUACAGCCGCAGAUGGGACGUACAGAAAAUGUUCCUAUUCACAUUCAUUUGCUCUGAAACCAUACCCAAACAGUGACGGUGUCAUCAGAAUGUCAGCCAAGUAUCUGGACAAUUGUAUUCUCUGUAAGUGUAAUGUGUCAAGUUUCAUCCUGAUUUCAUAUUUUAAGUCAAUUUUCUUGGCAACAGCUUUUUAUACAGAAGAUACAUGGCCGUGUGGGUGUGGUUUAGUGCAUUUAGUACACAAUUCCAGUUUUUUCAAGUGAAAAACUAAAACAAAAAUAUAAAAUAGAAUGUCUUUUAAUAAGAACAGUGCUUCAUUUGGUUUCUUUUCUGUUUCUACCAUAUACAUCUUGAGCUAAGUGACACAGAGAAGAUAAUUUAAUGAAGCACCUGCUGCAUUCAUGUACUGUAUACAGUGAGUGGCUAAUGUGUUGUAAGUGUAAAAGCUUUUACUAAGUCAUUUGUAUGUUUUAUAGGUUCCUGUUUGAACUAAAUAAUAAAAAUUGGAAUUAA